AUGCCAAGUGAUUAUCAAACUCGAUGGUUAACUUAUCAUGGCAGUAAUUUCUUUAGGCAAAGAUUAUUACUAUCGACAUUGAGUGGAAGACCAGUGAAAAUUGUUGAUAUACGUAGCAAAGAUGACGAGCCUGGCUUGCAAGAACAUGAAGCAAAUUUCAUCAAGUUGUUAGAAAAAAUGUGCAAUGGUAGCGAAAUAAUUAUCAAUCACACUGGUACAAAGUUGAUGUAUAAACCAGGUACUAUCAAUGGUGGUAUACUGAGUCACGAUUGCAGUAGCGGAAGUCGUAGUCUUGGAUACUAUCUAGAACCUAUACUUUGCUUAGCACCUUUUUGUAAGACUGCCUUGCAAUUAACUUUACAAGGUAUCACCAAUGGUGGUCAUGAUCCUAGCGUUGAUACUAUUAAAAUGGUAACGUUAAAAUUAAUGGAAAAAUUCGGUUUAGAUGAAGGAUUGGAAUUAACCAUCAAUAAGCGCGGAUCCAUGCCUAAAGGUGGAGGUGAAAUCUUCCUUCGUUGCCCAGUUAUUAGGCAGUUGAACACUGUUAAUAUGUUAGAAACGGGUAAAGUCAAGAAAAUACGCGGUCUGAGCUAUACAACACGUGUAUCGCCCGCCAUGGCUAAUCGUAUUAUUGAUAGCUGUCGAAAUAGCUUAAAUCCCUUUAUUUCCGAUUUAUACAUUUAUGUUGAUCAUUGUAAAGGUAACCAAAGUGGUCUAUCACCUGGAUUUGGUGUUACUUUAACAGCUACUACAACCUCCGGUGUCAUGUAUUCGUCACAACUGACUGCUGAUGUAUCCGAUCAGAAAUUGCCUGAAGAUAUUGGUCAAUAUGCUGCAUAUAAGCUAUUAUCUGAAAUCAAGCAAGGUGGUUGUAUCGAUGCAACACAUCAAACCUUAGCCUUGUUAAUGAUUGCUUUGGGUCCUCCUGAUGUUGGCAAAAUUAGAACUGGACCUUUAACAGAUUAUACUGUAGCAUUUUUAAGACAUUUAAAAGAUUUUUUCCAGGUUAUGUUUAAAAUUGAUGCUUUAACUGAUGAAGAAAGUGAUUUGCAAUCACUAGUACUGUCUUGUUUAGGCAUAAAUUACGUCAAUAUCAGUAAGAAAAGUACAUAA